CGUCUUACACGGAUACAGUUUGCAGGGACGUCAAAAAAACAACACCACAGGACUUUCUAACGUCCGUGUGGCUCCUGCUGGUAGCUUAGCCACAUUAGCAAGAUUGGCUAACACGCAAGAUCUGUGUGGCCCUACAUUAUUGACCUGUUAGCUUUUUAGCUAGCUAGUUAGCUAGCUAGCCAGGUUGCAUUGUUAGCUGUAAACCUGUCACGCAGCUACUUAAUUAAUCUUCUCAUAACAUUUACAAAAUGACCGUUUAUGAAGUUAGCAUAUUAGCUCAGUAGCAGUUUGUAGUCUUGUCGGGGAGUAAAAACUCCACUUAGUCUUAUGAAAGAUUCGCGAAAGUAACUAAGCUGUUGGUUUAUUUUUUUUCUUCUAACUUUUAAAUCAAACGUCGGAUUGCUAACGUACGUGUCACUGGUUGCUAGGUUACCGUUCGUUGAAAUCGGUUAUCGUUUCCAUAGUAACGAGCAGGUUAAUAGAAACAUAAUUCGAAUGGCGUCCAUCACUGUUGUCGGAGCUGCUGUUUGUAGAGAAUUAAUCAACACCACCUGACCAGUCAGAUGCUAGAAUUCUUCAGCGCUCUGAUAUAUGUCGAGUGUGUCGCUCUGAGGGAACUCAGGACAAACCCCUUUACCAUCCUUGUGUCUGCACUGGAAGUAUUAAAUUCAUUCACCAAGAAUGCUUGGUGCAGUGGCUGAAACACAGCAGAAAAGAGUAUUGUGAAUUAUGCAAGCACAGAUUUGCUUUCACACCAAUUUACUCCCCAGACAUGCCUUCACGGCUCCCAGUACAGGACAUUUUUGCAGGUCUGGUGACCAGUAUAGGCACUGCCAUCCGAUACUGGUUUCACUAUACUCUGGUGGCCUUUGCCUGGCUGGGAGUUGUACCCUUAACAGCAUGCCGAAUCUAUAAGUGUCUGUUCACCGGUUCUGUAAGCUCCCUCCUGACACUGCCGUUAGAUAUGCUUUCCACGGAGAACCUGCUGGCAGACUGUCUGCAGGGCUGCUUCGUGGUGACCUGCACGCUCUGCGCCUUUAUAAGCCUGGUGUGGCUACGGGAGCAGAUCGUUCACGGUGGAGCUCCACUGUGGUUGGAGCAGAACCAGCAGCAACCUGCCAACGCAGCAGGACAACCUAACGAGGCUCCAGCUGCGGGUAAUGUAGGUGUGGAGAAUCAGCCUGCGCCGCCCCCCGCCGAUCCCCCUGCGGAGAACGCACCAGCAGCUGAGGUGCUCGACCCCCAACCUGACCAAGCCGAGGAGAUGGAGCUGGACAACGAGGACGACGCCAAUAACGGUGCACAAGAUGAUAUGAACUGGAAUGCUUUGGAAUGGGACCGUGCUGCUGAGGAGCUCACAUGGGAAAGAAUGCUUGGACUCGACGGUUCUCUGGUUUUCCUGGAGCAUGUAUUCUGGGUGGUGUCUCUCAACACACUCUUCAUUCUGGUGUUUGCUUUUUGUCCGUACCAUAUCGGACACUUUUCAGUGGUAGGACUUGGCUUUGAAGAUUACGUUCGUGCUUCUCACUUCGAGGGCCUCAUCACCACCAUCGUGGGUUAUAUCCUGUUGGCCGUAACACUCAUCGUGUGCCACGGAUUUGCUGCGUUGGUUAGAUUCCAAAGAUCGCGAAGAUUGUUAGGUGUCUGCUACAUCGUGGUCAAGGUGUCGUUGUUGGUGGUUGUAGAGAUCGGUGUAUUCCCUCUCAUCUGUGGCUGGUGGCUCGAUAUCUGCUCCCUGGAAAUGUUUGACGCAUCUCUGAAGGACAGAGAGCUAAGUUUUGAGUCGGCUCCAGGCACUACCAUGUUCCUACACUGGCUUGUAGGCAUGGUCUACGUCUUCUACUUUGCAUCCUUCAUCCUUCUUCUCCGAGAGGUUCUCAGGCCUGGAGUAUUGUGGUUUCUCAGAAACCUUAACGAUCCGGAUUUUAACCCGGUCCAAGAAAUGAUCCACCUUCCCAUAUACAGACAUCUGAGAAGGUUCAUACUGUCAGUGGUUGUGUUUGGUUCAAUAGUCCUGUUGAUGCUCUGGUUACCCAUUCGGAUCAUUAAAAGCAUCUUGCCAGCCUUCCUCCCCUACAAUGUGAUGCUCUACAGUGAUGCACCAGUGAGUGAGCUGUCUCUCGAGCUCCUGUUGCUGCAGGUGGUUUUGCCGGCUCUGUUGGAGCAGGGACACACACGGCAGUGGCUGAAGGGUUUAGUGAGAGCCUGGACAGUCACUGCUGGCUACUUGCUAGACCUACACUCGUAUCUGCUGGGAGACCAGGAGGAGAAUGAGAACAACGCCAACCAGGCAGCCAACAACAACAACCAGCAACCACGAAACAAUGCUAAUGCCAUUCCUGUAGUGGGUGAAGGCCUACAUGCUGCACAUCAGGCCAUCCUGCAACAGGGAGGUCCUGUGGGCUUCCAGCCCUACCACCGCCCUGUGAAGUUCCCCCUCAGAAUUGUGUUGCUGAUCCUUUUUAUGUGUGUGACCCUGCUCGUGGCCAGCUUGGUGUGUCUCACUUUGCCAGUGUUUGCUGGUCGCUGGCUCAUGUCAUUCUGGACAGGCACAGCCAAGAUCCACGAGCUGUACACUGCAGCGUGCGGCCUGUAUGUGUGCUGGCUGUCCAUCAGGGCCAUCACCGUCUUGCUAGCCUGGAUGCCUCAGGGCCGCAGGGUCAUCCUUCUCAAAGUCCAGGAGUGGACACUCAUGAUCAUGAAGACCUUGAUCGUGGCAGUUCUGUUAGCCGGUGUGAUUCCGCUGCUUCUGGGUUUGCUGUUUGAGUUAGUUAUCGUGGCUCCUCUCCGAGUCCCGCUCGACCAGACACCUCUGUUCUACCCCUGGCAGGACUGGGCUUUGGGAGUGUUACAUGCCAAAAUAAUCGCUGCCAUCACCCUGAUGGGCCCUCAGUGGUGGCUGAAGACAGUCAUUGAGCAGGUGUAUGCCAACGGAAUCCGCAACAUCGACCUACAUUUCAUCAUCCGAAAGCUGGCUGCUCCCGUCAUCGCCGUGCUGCUGCUGUCUCUCUGUGUACCCUACGUCAUUGCAGUAGGCAUCGUCCCCAUAAUAGGGGUUACCCUGGAGAUGCAGAACCUGGUUCAGAGGAGAAUCUACCCCUUCCUACUGAUGGUUGUGUUUCUGAUGGGAAUCCUAUCUUUCCAAAUCCGACAGUUCAAGCGCCUUUACGAACACAUCAAGAACGACAAGUAUCUCGUAGGACAGAGACUUGUGAACUAUGAACGCAAAGCUGGUAAAGCCAGCACGGCUACCCACAGCAGCUCAGUGCAGGAAUAAAAACUUUGGGAAACGUGCUCAGGUUUUAAUGGAGAGUGUGUAUGUGUAUGUUCAGAUCACAACCCUAUGUUGUGUGUGUGUGUGUGUGUGUGUGUGUGUGUGUCCAUCAUUUCUCACAUCCAGUCCAGGAUUCUAGAAUUCUCAGUCACCUCUGGUCUUUCUAAUUUUGCCUGCAACUUGAGAACUGAAAUGUUUAUAAACCUGCAAAAAAAAAAAAAAAACGAAUAGGAAGGAAAUCCUUCAAGCCAACCAACUAGGAUUUAAAAGUGUCACUGUACAUCUUUAGGGGGAAAAAAACAACAACAAAACAACAAAAUGCGAGUAUGUAUAUUAAUUUAUUAAAUCUAGUUGUCACUUUACUUUGUGGAAUCCUGUUGCUUGGUCAGUACCGAUGCCAGUGUAAUGCUCUCCAGUCCCGAGGAUGGCGUCCAGGAGGCCGGGGCAGAGAACGCACUCAGACUGUGCAUCUUAGCACUCAGCUGUAAUAUUAGAAGCCUUUUAUUUAUUUGAUUUCUAAGAGCUAUGUCAGAGUUUGUUAAACACAGGUUCUCACCUGGGCCGAAGCUAUUUGUUUUAAUCUCUAACAAUGUAGAGGACAUGGCUGACGUGUUGGAUAUUGAAGCUCGGAUCUCAGAAGACAAACCAAUCCAACAACUCAAAGGACUGUGGCAUUCUUUAAGCGGAACAUUGGGGAAGUCUGGACAGAACAGCCCGCGCUUAAUUUUACCGAAGCAUGUCGUAUAUACGGGCACAGAAACUGCACGCCGGAGUUGGACAGCCAUGUUUACUGCUCACAGUGAGCUUAUGAAGCUUCUGGUGGGCCUUGGCUUUCUGUCCGGUCCUGAAACUCUCCAUCCUUCCUGAUAACCUAAGAGACUGUCUUUUAAUGUGCUGAUCACCUGAGCGACUUAAACAGCAUGAGUUUCCUGUCUCUUAUAAAGUGUUGACGAGUGUGGGUUUCAUACCUCACCACCCUUUCUGACGUUACUGUGCAGGAAAGACGUGAUUCAUAAAAUGUCUUAAGAGCAAUAGUUAGGAGAGAGAGAGGUCUGUUCAGAUAGCGAAUCAGUGUUCAUGUGAUUCCACCUCGAUCCACCAAACUGGCAUGACUUUUUCUCAAGAUAAUUGAAUGCUUCAUGAUGUGGGAAGACUGAUCCAGUUUGCUAGAACAAAAUCAUUUCGUGUCCAUAGUCCAGAAGAGUUCCUAACAAUUUGUACAUAAUGUAAAUUUUACAAUACUGACCGAUCACAUUUUGUAGCGAAAUCAUUUCUUCACGUCUGCCACAAAACUGCCCUCAGAAUUAACCGAACCUGGAUAUACUGUAGGCUUCUCAAUAUCGUUUGGGCUCCUUUUCAAAGCAAAAUGUUUCUAUUUUUAUAUGUGCGUGUAGCGACUUGGCUGGAUCUCGAUCACGCAUGUCUCGCCUGCUUUGAGUUCCUCACAGAGUUUCCUUUAGAAGCGAGCCGACCGCCUGGAGCCGCGGCGCUGUAGGAUGCAGACGGCAUGCUGGUACAGUACUAAAGACUCUCACACGUCAGGUCAGCGUAACCUCGUCCUAUCCGUAGCAUGUUCGUGUGAGACGUAUUCAGUAUUCUGAAUGUUUAAAAACCUCCUGCUUAGGAGACCGUGGCUGUAAUUAAAUCCUUAUACAGGCAGACGAGUACUUUCUUUUUCUUUUUUUUUUUCUUCUUUUUUUUCCUUUCCCUUUUUUUUGGGUGUUUGUUGGAAAAUUUUAUUACAAAUAUUAAAUCAAAAGUGUGAUACA